AUGCAGUUCAGCAGGCGCAGGUACCGGCAUAUCCAGCCGACGAGCCCCGAGGAGAUGCUCAGGGCUUCCACCGACGCAGGCAUGGCCAGCAUGAGGCGUGUGAUGAACCAGAAAACAGAGGAGGAGCGCAUGGCGAAAGCGCCAUGUACUUUCUGUGGCAAAAAUGGCGGCAGCGGGUCACUGAAGAGCUGCUCGCGAUGCAAGGCGGCGCGCUACUGUGACCAGACCUGUCAACUCUCGGAUUUCAAGCCGCGGCAUAAACGCGAGUGCGCCAACUUCGUGCACCCGCCUAACACAAGCGCAUUCCUCACCAAGUCAGUCGGCAACGAGCGGUAUCCUCAGCACCCCGCCUUCGCGCACUGGCACGAGGAUGGCGUAGGCUGCUGGGUCACCAUCGCUGGUCGCAUGGAAUGCGACUUGCACUCCCUGACGGAGAGCAUGGACUCCGAUCGAAACAGGGAACGUCAAGAGCGUGUGGCGGCCGGGGGAGCCGCCAGCCGCCAGAUAAUCCGUACUCACAAGGCUGCCGCGCGCAGCUUACUCGGGCUGCGCGUCCUCGUGCAGAACAGGCGCAAGGACAAAACGCCUAUACUGGUGUUUGGCUCGCGCGCACAGGUGCUGAGCCAACCGUCGCUGACCUCCGCGGUGCUGCGCGGUACAGCUGAGGGCGACAACCUCGUGAAGUUCACGCGCGACAGAGUCCCUCGUGUAGCGCUGGGCGUCGCGAACGACCCCUGGGACAAAACGCCCCGGCUCGAGAUAUCGCACAUCAACGGCACCGAGGUCAAGAACGACGCACCCCUGCCCGCAAACAUCAAAGACGCGAAAGAGGGCACCGUCCUCCUCGCCCCGGGCGACUUCGCGAUCCUGCACCUCCAGUUCCGCGUCGGGGACGGCGACACGAUCUCCAAAGACUGGGAGGCCCUCGGCGCGCUCGAAGCGCUCUUCCUCCCCUGGGCGCCCUCAGACAUCACCUCCCCUACCUGCUUGCCCACGGCGCAGGCUCCCGCCAGCGGGGCGGAGGGCAGCGGGCUGCUGCGCGCGCCGUUUGACCAGCGUGGGGUGCGCGCGCACUACGCGGACUUCAUCGAGCACGGCGAGGAGGCGUACAUGCGGAGUCACUUUGGAGACGCGGGCGGGGGCGGGGGCGGGGGCGGGAUGAGUCGUGCGGAGGGGAUGAUCGCGGCGAUGGGCGAGAUGCUGCUCGGGCAGGGCGCGCAGGUGGGGAACGCGGAUGUGCUCGUGCAACGCCUGAGGGACGCGGGGAUGGGCGAGCUUGCGGACAAGCUCGGGUCGCGCUGA